GGCCCGGGCGCUGCUUCCCCACGCUCCGCUCUCGGCCGCGCCGGUGUCGCGGGGGGCCAUAGCAGCGGCAGCGGUUCCGUCCGUCUGUCUCUCUUCCUCCCUCCUUCCGCGGCGGCGCGAUGUGCCCCGCGGCGGCUGCGGCGCGGGGGCUGGCGCUGGCCGCGCUGCUGGUGCUGUGCCCGGCGGCGGCGCGGAGGCCCAACGUGGUGCUCAUCCUCACCGACGACCAGGACGUCUGCCUGGGCGGCAUGACCCCUCUAAAGAAGACUAAUGCUCUCAUUGCUCAGAUGGGAAUAACCUUCUUAAAUGCAUAUGUUCCCAGUGCACUUUGCUGUCCCAGUCGAGCUAGUAUUUUAACAGGAAAAUACCCACAUAAUCAUCAUGUUGUCAAUAACACUCUGGAAGGAAACUGUAGCAGCAAAUCAUGGCAGAAGAUCCAAGAACCAUAUACCUUUCCUGCACUACUCAAAACUGUGUGUGGCUAUCAAACAUUCUUUGCUGGAAAGUAUUUGAAUGAGUAUGGAGCGGAAGAUGCGGGAGGAGUAGGGCAUGUACCUCCUGGAUGGAGUUUUUGGUAUGCUUUGGAAAAAAAUUCGAAGUAUUACAACUAUACUCUUUCAGUGAAUGGCAAAGCACGAAGGCAUGGUGAAAACUACAGUGUAGAUUACCUUACAGAUGUACUGGCUAACAUGUCUUUGGACUUCUUGGAAUAUAAAUCGAAUUUUGAACCCUUCUUUAUGAUGAUCUCCACUCCAGCACCACACUCACCUUGGACAGCUGCUCCACAGUAUAAAAACAGUUUUCAGAAUGUCAGUGCACCAAGAAACAGCAAUUUUAACAUUCAUGGAAAGAACAAGCACUGGUUAAUUCGACAAGCAAAAACUCCAAUGACUAACUCCUCAAUACAGUUUCUUGAUGAUGCUUAUAGAAAGAGGUGGCAAACUCUGCUGUCAGUAGAUGAUCUGAUAGAAAAGCUGGUGAAGAAACUGGAAUUCCAUGGAGAGUUAGAUAACACUUACAUCUUUUACACAUCAGACAAUGGUUUUCAUACUGGCCAGUUCUCAUUGCCAAUAGACAAACGGCAGUUGUAUGAGUUUGAUAUCAAAGUCCCCUUGCUAGUCCGAGGACCAGGAAUAAAACCAAAUCAGACAAACAAGAUGCUUGUUGCAAACAUUGAUUUGGGUCCCACUAUUCUGGAUAUCGCAGGGUAUGACCUGAACAAGACUCAAAUGGAUGGGAUGUCACUACUGCCACUGUUGAGAGGAGAUAAAAACGUGACGUGGAGAUCAGACUUCUUGGUGGAAUACCAAGGAGAAGGAUAUAACGGCAGCGAUCCUACCUGCCCUGGCCUAGGACCUGGUGUUACACACUGUUUCCCAGACUGUGUCUGUGAAGAUUCCUAUAACAAUACAUAUGCUUGUGUAAGGACACUGUCAACCUCCUGGGAUCUGCAGUACUGUGAAUUUGAUGACCGAGAGGUGUUUGUGGAAGUAUAUAACUUGACUGCAGAUCCGCACCAGAUCAAUAAUAUUGCUAAAACAAUAGAUCAAGAAAUUCUAGAAAAGAUGAACUAUCGAUUAAUGAUGCUGCAGUCCUGUUCAGGAGCAACCUGCCGUACACCAGGUGUCUUUGAUCCUGGGUACAGGUUUGACCCACGCCUCAUGUUCAGCAAUCAUGGUGUUCGGGCUCGCAGGUUUUCUGCGCAGUCCUUAUAAAGAAUUCAAGAGCUUUUUGCGAUCAGCUACCACUGACCAGUUUCUCCAGUGACUGCAGCAGGUCUGUCUCUUCACUUUCAUUGAUCACAGCUGGAAGACUAUUAAUGGGCUGCUCGAACCCAGUUUGGAAGAAAGAACCCUUGUCUUUAGCUGAUUGCUAUGUGCAAUAUGUAUAACUACAGCUGAAUUCUGUACAAUUCUAAAUUGUCAGACAUAGCUGAUCUGUCUUGCUCAGAUAUUUGAUUACCACCUUUGUCUUUCAAGUAUCACAGGUAAAGAGGUGACCUAUGGCCUCAAUCUGAACACCGUUUUUUUCUUAAAUCAAUAAAUACAUGUUUGAAUUUGGUUGGGUAGGCAGGUGCCAUUGCACAGAGAUGCUCACCCAUAUUCACCUUCUGUCAUACAGACUUUCUUAAAUGCUAGGUUUAAUUAUGGGUUUCUCGUACUGCACUCAAAGCUGUUAAUAACAAUAGCAAACUAGCCCAAAAUAGCAUAGGAAGGUACUAGUCAAAACUGUAGUCUAGACACAACAAGUGUCUUGUGCAGAAUUAAAAUUAGUAUGCUAAAUACCUUCUUUCAACAAGACCACUUCAAAUGAUGAUGCACUGUAUAGAUCUGCUUUGGUAGUUUGUAAACAAGAAUGUAAUUUCAACCUCAUUCUAGUCUGGAAUGCUAGAAUAGGCUAACAUGUACUACUGAAAAUUUCAAAAUCAAGGUUUUAAGCUUCUUAGUGAGUUAUCAAAACAGUGUUGAGACUAACAAGUAUUUAAGUAAGUGUGCCUGUUUUGAGCUGAUCUAACUAUGUUUGAAUACAUGAACAGGAAUACUAAAAAUCAAAAACUAGGCACCACAAUAGUGUUGAUCUUUCUCUAAUCUCCAAAUGUCUCUGAAUGUACUGAAACAUAACAUCUUAUUCCACUUGUAAUAUCUUAAGCUGAUUAGAUGCUUGAAGGUAAAUGAUUUCAAAAUCAAACUAGCUAAAAAUUUAUGCUGGGCAAGAGCAAGAAGGCUAUUUUAGGCAGUUUAAGUGCUUAACAGAUUUGUUUUUUGGUUGACAUAAAUACUCAGAACCUGCAGUAAGUGGCCUUCACACCAAAGGACUGCAAGCCAGACUUCUAACUGUAGUACGUGAUCACUUGUUUUCCCUUUGGAAGGGUGAUGUCAUCUUUUCAAUCUUCUGGUUUGUGUCAUCUGAAAUGCAGCCCAUCAGAUGAAAUCUACCAAAUAAACAUGAAGUAGGCAAAAAAAUAUGACUCUUCCCAAAUCUAUGAAGGUACAUACUCCAGUGCAUACAUCCACAAACUGGAUAAAAGCAAUACUAUGUUAAGAUCAAUUAAGUUUUCCUUACUUCUGAAGGAUAGAUGCUAACCUUAUGUAGCUCAGAGUUGUAAAAUUUCUGUCACGAUGGCAUACAGUUUAGACUUUUUUAUAGUGUUGUUAAGUCUAGCUCGCUGUUUCAUUCUCUAGAGUGACCAAACAUUUAGAGGGGGAAAAAAUAACAGCUUGAAAGGGAACUCAGCUAUAAUAUCUAUACAAGUGCUGGAGGGUUUGGUUACUACGCUUUCAGAUAUUCAAGAUUUAUUUCCUCCCCCUACACUACAAUUGUAGCUUCAUCCUCUUCUGUUUGUUGAGCUUUUGUAUUGCUGAUCACUAUCCUUCAGACUCUGGCUUCUCUUUAAAAACAAAACCAAAGUUAUGGGGUUUUUUAAUGCUUUCAAAUUGCACACUGACUUAAGCCUAAAGUUCAUUUAAGUACUGUUUUGCUCAGAUAUUUUAGCAACUUUAAACAAAGAACAAGUUUAACUCUUUGGUAGCUGUGUAGAGGCUAGAGUGAAAUAAAUUGAUAGUUGCAAAUUUUAUCAAGUCUAAGAAAUGACAUGACAAGCUUUUACUUGAGUUAAGAAGCAUCAUGACACACAAUUUGCACUGAAACUUAAGAGGAAAAAUCUGUCACAGUUACAAAUCUGUAACUCAAUUUAACAGGAUCUCUUCUUAAAAUGAUCUAAGCCAUAGCAAGCAACAUUUUUAAUGACUUAGGUACUAUCUAAUUCUUAAUUGACAUGAAAGUUAAUUAAUAGAAUCAAUGUAGAAUGAUCAGAAGCAGGAUCACAAAAAGCUGUAAAGUAUUUUGUCUGUAAUGAGACUCAGUAUCCUCCUUUCUAACACACUCACUGUCAGAGAAUCACACUAUACCUGCAAUCUGUCACAGGCAAUAAGUGUCUUAAUAAACUCAAUUUUGGAAUAAAAUUUGUCAGUACUUACUUACCAAAAGCGAUAGCUGUUCAGGAAAACAUGUUUCACUUGCACCUUUUGAUACUAACAGCUGCCUGGCUUCCACUGCUUUUAGAGUUUGUGGCAACGCAUCUUGUGUCUUUUUUCAAGAAGCAGUUAAUUCUAUGGGUAUUCUUACAGCCCUGAAUAGACACUAUUAAUUCUUAUCCUUGAUCAUUAAAAUAAUAUUAUUAAAAUAAUAUUAUGAAGGAACUUUAACUUGCAGCCAGGUCUAAUACCCAAACAAGUCAUUUUAAAAUAAGUGAUCUUUCUAGAUUUCCAUUUGAUACAUGAUUUGGCAAUGGCUGUAGCUACCUUGUUACUGAUGGCAUUUGUAUUUAAAUGAAGGGACCUUACAGGUGCAGAGGUAGGAUGCUAGUGAAAUGUGUUGGGUUUUUUUUUCCCCACACCUGGUUCUAAUCUAGUAAAGUAGAUACUGUAUGGUGAUAAAUACAGCUAACAGAUCCCUUAUUACAUUAACCUAAAAAGAAAACUUACUCAGUAUCACUACUUCAGCAUAAGUGAAUAUAGCUAACUACAGGCUUACUCAGUAUUGGCCCAAAGAACUGGCAUUCUUCUAUUUAUUUGGGGAAUAAACCUGUAAAACUCACAUGCAUGCACACAAAGCAGGUGUAAGCAUUUGUUCAAAUUAUCAAGUUUAAGACUGAUCUACUACACAAGUUAAAUACAAUUUGAUUAUAACUAAACAAUUGACAUUUUUUGACUCAAUUAAAGUGUAUUUAUUUGUAUUAUUCUUCUCCGUAUGCAAGCAUAUUUUAUUUCUGCUCUGUUUUGGAUAUCUGUUUAGAAAGUGCCCUUCCAGAGGACCCUGUUCACUGCUGCACUUUUGGGGAAAGACAAAAUAAACUGCCUAUCAAACUUCUGA